GGAGUCUGCGCGUCAUUGCCUGACGCCAAGGGUUGGGGUGUGCAGAGCGCAGAAGUUAUAUUGCUUUAAACUUACAUGCUUAGAACUUUCUUUUUUUAUUUUUAAUAACUUUAUUUUACGUUUUAUUACAUAAACUCACAGAUUCAUAUUUUUUUGAUUUUAAUCCAGACCGUCAAAACUACGAAAGAUGAUUGAUCAGGUGACCGGAGCGGGGGCUUUGCCCUUCGCCGUCCAGCUCAAAGCUCUUCUGGACCAAGAAGCCAGAUAUCAGCCCAAACUCUGUGGCCUGCGAGUCAUCGAGUCCGCUCAGGAUAACGGUCUGAGGAUGACCGUCAAGUUGAGAGACUUUCAAGUCCGAGACCUCCUCUCCUUGACGCGGUUCUUUGGCUUCAGUUCGGAGACGUUCUCGCUCGCAGUGAAUCUUCUCGAUCGUUUCCUGGCUGUGAUGAAGAUUCAGCCCAAGCAUCUGGCCUGUGUGGGUCUCUGCUGCUUCUACAUCGCUGUGAAGACGUCAGAAGAGGAGAAGAGCGUUCCUUUGGCCAGUGACCUCCUCAGGAUCAGCCAGAACCGCUUUACAGUCCACGACAUGAUGAGGAUGGAGAAGAUCAUUCUGGAAAAGCUCUACUGGAAGGUCAAGGCUCCAACCGCCCUUCACUUCCUCCGAUUCUUUCACUCUCAGAUCCAAGAGCAGGUGGAUGCAGAGAGUAAGCGGCUUCUGAACAUCGAGAGGCUGGAGGCUCAGUUGAAGGCUUGCCAUUGUUCCUUUACUUUCACUAAAAUGAAGCCGUCGCUGCUGGCCCUGGCGCUUCUGGCCCUGGAGACUGAAGAUCAGCACGAGUGUGAGCCGGUUCCUGCUCUCAGAGAAGCUCUGCACGCUCUACAGGACACUUUGAGUGUUAAAGCUGGAGACCUGGUUUGCGUGAGGGAGCUUGUGGCUAAAUGCCUGGCGGAGUAUGCCACCACCAAGUGCCUGAAGCCAAACGGCCAGAGACUGCGAUGGAUGAUCUCGGGUCGAACCGCCAGACAGCUGAAGCACAGCUACUACAAGAUCGCCCAUCUACCCACGAUUCCCGAAUACGCUUGUUAAGAUCAUUAGUGUUGAGCGCCUAUAACAAAAACCCGCUCAAUUCAGUCGUGCGAAUGCUUUAUUACUUCUAAU